AUGUUAUGGGAGGAGUUGAAGUCCUUAUCGAGGAACAUGAUUGGUGGUUGGAUGGUUGUAGGUGAUUUUAAUGAUAUCGAUGUUAUCCGUGACAAGAAAGGUGGUUUACCAGCUUCUAUUCAAAGUUGUCAAAGGAUGAGGAGCAGAAUGGAAGAUUGUAAUCUGAACAAUGUGGAGGCUCGUGGACCUAAAUUUACGUGGAAAGGCCCGGUUUAUCAUGGUGGGCAAAGAAUCUAUGAAAAGCUUGACAGAGCUCUGAGCAAUGAUGAUUGGAAAUUCCAGUUCCCUGAUGCUUUUGUUCAGGUUUUGGUGCGUGUUGAUUUCUCGGAUCACCAUCCCAUUCUUAUUAAUCUGCAGGAUAAUCCACCUCGUGUCCAGAAGAGGAAUUUCAGAUUUGAGAGUGCUUGGCUCAUGCAUGACUCUUAUCAACCUAUGCUUCACGAAGUUUGGCAAAAGGAUCAGCCCCUCAUUCAGAAUCUUCGUAAUGUGGUUAAAGGUAUUGAGCAUUGGAAAUUUGAAUCGUUUGACCAAGUUAAGAGAAUGAAGAAGCGGCUUAUGAGACGUCUCGAAGGAGUACAAGUUAAACUUCAGGUCAAGUACAAUUAUGGUGGAAUGAGGAAGCUGGAGAAGCAGCUGCAGAAGGAAUUAAAUGAGAUAUUGAGUAAAGAGGAAAUGAUGUGGUUUAAGCGGUCUAGAACAGUGUGGUUGGCUGAUGGGGAUCGGAACACAAAGUAUUACCAUAUGAAGACCUUAAAUAGAAGAAGAAGGAACAAGAUAAUGUCACUUAAAGAUGAGAAAAAUAACUGGAUUACUGAUCAAGAAGACCUAAAAGCUCAUGUCACUAUGUUCUAUAAAAAGUUAUUUUCUUGCCCUCAAAGUUGGCGCAGCUGGGGCCAAACACGUAUCACUUUUCCUAAGCUUAAUAAGGAGAGCUUAUAG